AUGGAGUCUAUAUUAAAUUUGCUGUUUCAGCAUGACGCUACGUCUUGCUCAAAAAAAAUUCUCAAAAAUGCAUCAAAAAAUUGGAAAGAAACUGAUAUGAUGAUAUUUCAGUACUUUAUUGAUGUCUUCGGCAAGGAAUUCACAUUUACAGAGGAACAUUAUGAUCAGAUAAAGGAAUCAACAAUAGAUUUUGAAGAUUUAAUGACCCAAAUUUAUGAAGAACGUGACUCAGACGAGGACAUGAGCGAGCAAGUCGGGAAAAUGAAGCAAUUCAUAAAUUUGUUACUCAACGAACUAUUUGUUGCUGAUCUGCUGGAUGAUUUAGUCAUCAGUAACUGGAUAACAUUCCUAGCAAGUGCUACUGAACAUCCAAACAUUCCAAAGGAAUCAAAAAUGAAAGGAAAUGCAUACUUAUUGCUGACUUGUAUGCUGUAUCCGUUAACUAAACUUCUGGCAUGCUCAAGUAAUCCAUUAAUGGAAUUAACUGAUGAAACAAGAACAGCAGUAUCCAGAUCAAUUGAGAGAAUCAUGAACAACAUUUCAAGUGCCUUCGAGUACGAGAAAUACUUUCUAAUUUGCGCAAAGGAAUACACAGAAACUUUAACUCAAUUUCACGAACAAUUGCUUAGUAAUUCCAUGUAUUUAAACCACUUCCGAGCGAUGCUGAUUUAUGAUCAACGUCAAAUUUUGGCACUAGCCAUCAACAGCAUCGCUGAAUUAUGCAAAAUAGCCUCACUUGAUGAAGUCAUGAAGAACUUUCUAUUCACAACUAUCAACAAUCAAGAAAAUAUCGUAAACAUCAUCAUUAAGCUUAUUAAUUACAAAAAUCUCCGACUUGAAGUCAUUGGAUGCUUAAAGGAAAUAGGAAAAUUCAAGGAAGAGCAUCAAAUUCUCACAACAAAUAACAAGAUUGAAGUAUUUUUAAAUGUAUUCUCAAAAAGCCCCAAAACAGUGUCAGAAACAGCAGCUUUGAUGGUCGAAUUAGGCUACGAUUUCUGGAAAGAACUCAUAUAUAUGCUUAAUUACUGCACAGACGAUGAUAUGGACUUAAAAUUGAUUCUUACAUCAAUACAGCCAGUUAUUGAAGUUAAUCAAGAGUCUAUACUCAAAUUUAUAACUGAGAAUAUCAAAGAGCCAGUAAUUUCAAGUCGUGCUGCUGAAAUAUUCAAUGCGACAUUAGAACUGUGUGAAAUGAACAAUGAGACACUGGAAUCUUUAAUAAAUACAAUGAACUUGUGUAGAUCUGAUGAAACAACAUUUGUUAUGCUGCUACAGACACUUAUUGCCAUAGAUGAUGAAAUGUUGGUCGCAUUCCUUAAAGAAGAUGUCAAUUAUCUUACACAACAGCUUAUGCCAAUGAUAAGCAAUGCAUUCCUCGAUUUUAACAAGCCAAUUACCUUAAGUCUUAUUGUUCGUGCUCUAAGAAAGCUUUAUAGAAUCGAGCCAUUGACUAUGCUGCUGAGAGUUCGAGAUAUCUUCAAUGGAUUAUUCAAAAUUUUAUUGAGUCUCGAAAAUGUCGAAUUUACGGAACGUGAAAAGUUUGUGCCAAAAAUUUCAGCAAUUUUAGAAUGUAAAUCAUGGAGAAUUUUAAAUGAAAAUUCAAUGACUGAUUUGUACACAUUUUGUCAAAAGUUCUGCACGAAUCGAAGCUAUAAUCACUUUCCUCAGUUCCAACGAUUUUAUGUUAACGUAAUUAAGCACUUUUGGAUGUUAUUAGUUUCAAAUAAGCCACUGCUAAUUGAUGAGGAUAAAUUCAUUAAGGAAACUCGAAAUAUUCAGCUUCAAAUCAUGGCUGCAUUAAAAAGCACAAAAAAUUCAAUUCCAGAUAAUUGCUUGCUGUUGUGUAGUCAAAUAGACUUGCACGUCUUGUUCCAGCCUAGAAUACUCGAAAAAGUCAAAAAUCAGUUCUUUGAAAAGUUCACAAUUCCAUUAUCAAAGGAGGACUUUAUUCAGCUAGUUGAUGCUGUUGAAAGUAAUUUAUUCCCGGAAAUUGAGGAUGCAAGCUUUUACCAACAAAUGUUAAUGCAGAACUUUGUCAUGCUUUACAAGAACUUUAUUAAUUUACCUAGCACAACAUCAUGGGAAGCAUUUUUACGGCACUACAAUCAUAAAAGCUCUUACAAAGCUGAAAUUGAAAUUAUUAUGACGCAUGCAAUUGGCAUGAAAAAGACAAUUUUCGAAAAGUCUGUUGCUUUUGCCAUCCUUAAUAUAGCAGCGAUGAACAGUAUGGAUGCUUUCAAGUCAUUCUUUCAUGCUUUUGAUGAAUUUAUGAGAACAAUGUAUUCGGAUUAUAAGGAACGGAAUGUCUCGUAUGGCUUAAUAUGCUCAAUAAUUUUAGAAAGAUUUUCUCGUAGCAUCAAUGAUGAAAAUGCCGAUGACAUGAAUCGUUUGUCAGUCCUUGAUUGUGUUGCAUUAAUAAUUAAGAAUUCUGAUCAAUCAUUUUCGAAAAAUUUGGGAAAGUUCCUGAGAGUCAACGAGGUUGCUCUUACAAUUACGGAGCUAGAAAAGUUGAAUAAUUUUAAGCGAUUAAUUAAUGAGAAUGGAACUGAAUGA